CCACAGUGUUUCGCGUCUGGCUCUGCAUCUUGUUUUACUGCGUGUUGUGAAGAUACCUCGUUAGAUUCAUAAGCCUGCGUUAUUGUAAACUGCAAUUCUGUACGACUCGAUAUUUUAAUACCCGCUGUAUAUAAAUAUUCCUCUAUGAGUUUUUAGUCUGGCAAAUUUUCGUUUUUAAAUGGACAGGGAAAUGCCAGCCAAACGAAAACUUAUCACCGAUUCCUUUAAAGUUGUCAAUAAAGUAAAAAAGGAGAACUCUAAAUGCAACGUGCAAGAGCAAGAGAGAGAUGCUGAGAUCCUGGCCGCUCCUCCUCUCUCACAGAGGGACUCCGAGAUGCAGCUGCUCAGAGAGUUUGAUCUGAACUGGGAGUUCGGACCCUGUACUGGUAUCACUCGUUUGCAGCGGUGGCACAGAGCUGACAAGCUGGGCUUGAAGCCCCCUGCUGAACUGAAGGACGUCAUCAUCAACAAUACUGGAGACUCAGAGUACCUGAACUGGUGAGCCUGGGUGUGU